AAGGCCGCCCCUGCCGCUCCAUGGAACCUGUGCGUGACUCAGUACCCGAACUCGCAGUGUCGACAGGCAUUGUGAUAGACAGGACAUGACGUGUGUCAGAGGAAAGAGGUGUGUAUGUCUGUCUAAGAGAGAAAGAAAGGAGAGAGACAUAGAAAAGGAGAGACAGAGAAGACGGUCAAGAAAGGGACUUUUUUUUUUGGGGCUGCUGUCUAAACCCCAGACAGAACACCCCAUGAGAACUACAUGAGUCUGACAGCUGCGACAUUGGCUCCGACUGCCUCAGGAGAAGUUGUACGUCGCUCCUUGUCUUCGUCUUCUGUUUCUGGGUACACUCAUCCUAUGUAUUCAGAAGACUACGGCUGCUUCUCCCCACGACAUUCCAAAGUGCCAUGCGUUUGCUGGCCCUUCAUGCUCAAAGAAUAUGACAGACACCUAGCACACAACAAAGGCAUGGCGACGGCGGCGUACCUGGACCCUAACCUGAACCACGCCCUGGCCGCGGGGGCCAAGUCGCGCCUCAGCACGGGGACGGAGCGUGCCCCAGCGGCGCCGGACCGGGUCCUCAAGGUCUUCCACCACUUCGAGAACAACAGUGAGCACAGCACAUGGUCCAGCAACAUCAGGCAUGGGGACGGCACUGACGUCCGGGGCAUCAUCCAGAAGAUUGUGGACAUCCACAAGGUGAAAUGUGUGGCCUGUUUCGGGCUGCGCCUCAGCCAUGUGCAGUCAGGCGAGGUGCACUGGCUCCACCCGGACAUGGGCGUGUCCCACGUGAGGGAGAAGUACGAGCAGAACAGGCCUCAGGAUGAGUGGAGGUAUGAGUUACGGAUUCGCUACCUGCCAAAGGGAUACCUGAAUCAGUUCACUGAAGACAAGCCCACACUCAACUACUUCUAUCAGCAAGUGAGGAAUGACUACAUGGUGGAGUUUGCCGAUCAGGUCGAGCAAGACAUUGCACUUAAGCUUGGAUGCCUCGAGAUUCGGAGGUUCUUCAGAGAAAUGAGGGGAAACGCCCUGGACAAGAAAUCAAACUAUGAACUAUUAGAGAAAGACGUGGGCCUCAGAAGAUUCUUUCCCAAGAGUUUGCUGGAUUCCGUGAAGGCCAAGGCACUGCGCAAACUGAUCCAGCAGACCUUCAAGCAGUUUGCCAACAUGAACGAUGAACAGAGCAUCCUCAAGUUCUUUGAGAUCCUGGCGCCGGUCUACAGAUUUGAUAAAGAGUGUUUCAAGUGUGCUCUUGGGUCGAGCUGGGUGAUCUCCGUAGAGCUUGCCAUUGGGCCAGAGGAAGGAAUCAGCUACCUGACCGACAAAGGCUCAACGCCGACCCAUCUUGCCAACUUCACGCAGGUGCAGAGCAUCCACUACUCGUGCCUGGACGACAAGGAGCGCAAAGGCAUGCUGCAACUCAACGUGGCUGGAGCUGCUGAGCCUCUCACAGUGACCACGCCGUCCUUCCCCAUAGCGGAGAACAUGGCCGACCUGAUAGACGGCUACUGUCGGCUGGUCAACGGCACCGCGCAGUCGGCCAUCGUCCGACCCCAGAAAGAGGGUGAGAGAGCGCUGCCAUCAAUACCCAAGGUCGCCAAUAACGAGAAGCGGAUCGAGGCGGUCCGGACUGGGGUGCGGGCCAUCUCUGUGUCAGACCUAGUGCCUCAGAGUCCUCCCAAGUCGGCUAAAGCCCGGCGCUUUCUCCUUCCUUUCGUCUUCUGCUCCCGUGAACCUUCGCCCAACGAGGAUUGUAGUGGGGAUGAAACGGACGACUAUGCGGAGAUCAUAGACGAGGAGGAUACCUACACCAUGCCCUCCAGUCCAGCAGAGGGCUAUGGAGUAGUUGAAGCCAGAGACUAUGAGAUCCAGAGGGACCGGAUCGAACUGGGCCGUUGUAUUGGAGAGGGCCAGUUUGGAGACGUCCAUCAGGGGGUCUACGCCAGCACGGAGAAUCCCACUCUAUCUGUGGCCAUUAAGACCUGCAAGAACUGCACCUCUGACAGCGUCCGCGAGAAGUUCUUACAGGAAGCCUUGACCAUGAGACAGUUUGACCAUCCUAAUAUUGUGAAGCUGAUCGGAGUCAUCACAGAAAACCCCGUUUGGAUCAUCAUGGAGCUGUGCACUAUGGGAGAGCUGAGGUCUUUCCUGCAAGUCAGAAAAUACAACCUGGACCUGGCAACGCUAAUACUCUUUGCGCAUCAGCUAAGCACAGCACUUGCCUAUCUGGAGAGCAAGCGGUUUGUGCACAGGGACAUUGCUGCCAGAAAUGUUCUUGUGUCUUCCACCGACUGUGUGAAACUGGGAGACUUUGGGCUCUCUAGAUACAUGGAGGACAGCUCCUACUACAAAGCUUCCAAAGGGAAACUGCCCAUCAAAUGGAUGGCCCCGGAGUCCAUCAACUUCAGGCGAUUCACCUCUGCAAGUGACGUGUGGAUGUUUGGUGUGUGCAUGUGGGAGAUCCUCAUGUACGGCAUCAAGCCCUUCCAGGGGGUGAAGAACAAUGAUGUGAUUGGGCGCAUCGAGAACGGCGAGCGGCUGGCCAUGCCGCCCAACUGCCCUCCGACCCUCUACAGCCUGAUGACCAAAUGCUGGGCCUAUGACCCCAGCAAGAGGCCCCGCUUCACCGAGCUCAAGACCCAACUCAGCACCAUCCUGGAGGAGGAGAAGGCCCAGCAGGAGGAGAGGAUGAGGAUGGAGAUGAGGAGGCAGGUCACCGUCUCCUGGGACUCGGGCGGCUCAGACGAGGCUCCCCCUAAACCCAGUAGACCUGGUUAUCCCAGUCCACGCUCCAGUGAGGGCUUUUACCCCAGUCCCCAGCACGCUGGCCAGCUCAACCAUUAUCAGGUAUCUGGCUAUCCCACGCCGCACAGCAGCAUGUCCUCUAUGCCCAGUGGAGGCUACCCCGCUCAGGCCUCUGUCCUGGACCCCCACGACUCCUGGAACCACCAUCGACCACAGGAUGUUCCCAUGUGGUCCCCCAAUGUAGAGGACGGAGGGGCUCUGGAUAUGCGGGGGCUUAGCCAGGCACUGCCGCCCCACCUGAUGGAGGAGCGGCUGAUGAUGCAGCAGCAGCAGAUGGAGGAGGACCAGCGCUGGCUGGAGCAGGAGGAGAGCUUCUUGAAGCCGGAAUCCAGGAACUCGAGGGGCAGCUUUGACCGCGAGGAUGGCAGUCUCCAGGGCCCUACGGGAAACCAGCACAUAUACCAGCCCGUGGGCAAGCCAGAGCAUGCAGCUCCCCCCAAAAAGCCUCCUCGGCCUGGGGCUCCCGGCAUGGGCAGCCUGGCCAGCCUCAACCCCACCGACAGCUACAAUGAAGGAGUCAAGCCCUGGAGGAUACAGCCUCAGGAGAUCAGUCCGCCACCCACAGCAAACCUGGACCGCUCCAAUGACAAGGUGUACGAGAACGUGACGGGCCUGGUGAAGGCAGUCAUCGAGAUGUCCAGUAAAAUCCAGCCGGCUCCACCCGAGGAGUAUGUACCCAUGGUGAAGGAAGUGGGUCUGGCCCUGAGGACACUGCUGGCCACUGUGGAUGAAACUAUUCCCAUCUUGCCCUCCAGCACACACAGAGAGAUCGAGAUGGCCCAGAAGCUGUUGAACUCUGACCUGGGCGAGCUGAUCAACAAGAUGCGACUCGCCCAGCAGUACGUGCUCACCAGCCUGCAGCAGGACUACAAGAAGCAGAUGCUCACGGCCGCGCACGCGCUGGCCGUGGACGCCAAGAACCUCCUGGACGUCAUCGACCAGGCUCGGCUCAAGAUGCUCGCCCAGUCCCGACCGCAUUAGCCAAGCCAAGCCCCCAGCUUCCCACGAGGGGCCUAACGAGGUGUUUUCUCAGCAGGGGGAAGAAGGGAAAGGGGCCCAAGCAGGACCGCACCAGAGACAAACACCCGGCGACGUCGGGGUGGUUUUAGGGAUUGGAGCACUGGAGCUCUCGUGCAAGGACUUUCAGUGCAAAGAAAGGACAGGACUUUGCCCAUUUCUCAUUCCACACCCUAUUGUUUGUUUGUUUUGAACACUUGGACUCCUCUUAGCUGCUUCUCCAUGCACACAACUGCUGGAGAUCUACAGCCAACAAACGUGAACUUGUCGUUUUUACUCUUCUUCUGCCUCGUCUUUGUUCGUGAUGAUUCUUUUUUUGUUUGUUUAAAUUCCGUUUGAAUCCUGAGGUGAUUUUUAUUGCAGUUGGAAGCGAGUCACCCUUCCUCCCAUCAGUGCAAAAAUUCAACUAGCUGGAAAGCAGCAUUAACUGGAACCCAUGAAGGAGCUCUUUUUUUUCCAUUGCUGUCGAGUUCUGGGCAGUCCCAAAGUUCGACACUUUUGUUGUAUCUAUUCAGACACAUUUUCUUUUUUUAAUGACCAAUAGUAUCUCAGCCUAUAUGCUAGUCCCUGCAUUCUGGAUUUAAAAGUAUCUAUUUUGGAGGCUCACUAUUUCAAUGCUCUUAUCCCCCUGUUGUAUAGGCUCAGGGGUAACCUCAACAAUGUAUGGGAAUCGUAUUUCCUGACUGAACAAAUAUCACACCACUUCUAAGUUAACUAAUAAGAGUAUACAAAUAAAUAUAUUUUUAAGCAGCCAGAAGUUCUGAGGUGAACGUUGUCAACUAUUGGAUGGGCCCUUUAAGGAGACUGCUCUGUACGGCAAGUGGAUGGUUCAAGUUUCAGGACGGAGAUGAAGAAACGCUGAACGCAUCACUGAUUGAAGGGCCCAAGCAGUGGCCAAGAGAAGAGCACAUCACUGCUAGAACCAGAUUCUUAAUUUGCAAAUUCUCUCCUGAUAAAACAUUUUACUUGAUGUAUAUUUAAGCCAUGUUUCAUAUUUGACAAACCCUUUUAUUACUUCUCUUGACAGAGGGUGGUUGAAGAUGUUUGGUUCACUUUCACUCCCACAUGUACAGUACAAUCUAUUAAUGAGAUCACUAGUCGUUUUGGGUAUAAAUUAUUCUCAGGAAGAAUUGACUGUACAGCUCCUUUAACUAAUAAAAAAUGUGUUAUCGUUA